AUAAUAUAGGGUAGUCAUAAGACCUCUCUGAUCCACACUCAAUUUCAGAAGGUGGCGGUAAUGCACCAAAAGCUGUUUAACAACCGCCAUAAAACCUCAGAAGAAGAAGCUCAAACAACCGGAACCUUUGUCGAAUAUUUUGUUUCCGCCCGGAGUCAGAAGAAGUAGAAACCGCAAGCGUGUUGUGUACACUAGAAACGUCCAUGCUUAAGUAUCUGAUAGUGAUAAUUUGACUAAAAUUUGUGAAAGACGUCCAUAAAACGAGUCAACUGAUCUAACCGGAAGAAUCAUCUGCAACGGACAUUUUAACGUACGCCACUAACGGUUAUUUUCUGAGGAGGAUUAAAAAAAAACUAGCCAUUUUUCUGACUUUACCUACCAGCCACCAUGAAGAUCAAGCGACAGAAACAAGCCAAGAAAACCAUAAGUUUCUACAAAUACAACUUCAGCUUCAGGGAACCCUUUCAGAUCCUCAUUGAUGGGACUUUUUGUCAGGCGGCUUUGAAAAACAAGAUUCAGAUCAAAGAGCAAAUGCCCAAAUACCUGAUGGGCGAGGUGCAGCUCUGCACCACAAACUGCGCACUGAAAGAACUGGAGACUCUGGGAAAAGAGCUGUUUGGAGCCAAAAUCAUCCUGCAGAGGUUCCAGGACCACGCAGUAACUGCAGGCCUGAAGAAGAUCCCAGGCGUUCCGCUGCUCUACAUCAUCCUCAACACCAUCGUGCUGGACAAGCCCUGCCAGACGUCCCUCGACCACGUCCAGGCCGUCCAGCUGGGAGAGCUGGUCAGCCCGGCCCAGCAGCAGAGCAUCCGCAGCCUGAAGGAGGAGCAGGGCAUCGCCCAGAAGGGCGGAGAGAGGCGGGGGAGGAAGAGGAAGAGGAAACAGAGCAAUCCUAACCCUCUGAGCUGCAUGAAGAAGAAGAAGAAAGGCGUGCCGACACCGCCGCUGAAGAAGACGGAGCAGGGGGAGAAGAGGAAAAGAAGUCGAAACAAGAAACGAAGGACGGAGGGAGGAGACAGCACGUCUGUGCCUGCGGUUACAAAUACAUAGUACGGCAGGACAGAUAGAGACUUUAGCCAUUUUGUUUCAUGCAUAAAUAUCAUUUGAAGAUGUCAAAGCGGUUCACGAUUAAUAUAAUCCCAAUCUAAAAUAAUUAACAGUCUGCACAUUUACCUCUGGUCUUUUUUUUAUGUGUUACUGCAUAGAAUAAAUCAAUGUUUAUAUAACAAAAUAACAUUUUAAAAUACUGGUCAUAGUAUUUGUUUUAUUUUGAAAAAUUUAGCAACUGUUUCCGGGACUCAGGAUUUACAGCCAUGGGACUGAAACUUUUCAGAAACAUAGCAAUAUUUUUGAGAUUGAGAAGAUUUGUCUUUGCUUUUAUACAAAAUUAAAAAGUAGGUUUACAGGCACAUAGUUUAAAAUACAAGAUGCACUCAGACAUUACAUGAUAUAUAGUUUAUAUGGAAGUGGAUAUCAAAAACGAUGCAUUCAGCUGUCUUUGCUGAAGCACAAGGAAGAAGUGUGGUCACAAUUCUUGGUGGUCUGCUUGUUUUUACUUUAUGCUUUUUGAUGACUAUAACGUUCAUAACAAAUAUGUCCAUUUAGACUUCACUUGAUUGUGUUAUCAAGUCAUUCUUUAGAUUAAAAAAAUCUAUUUUGCUUUUAAAUAAAAAAACCCAAUGAA